AUGUACCAGGAGAUCCUAAAUAAGAUCGAAAGCAGGUACCACAGGGCAUGCUUUGCUGCCUACAACUACGACUUUGACAACCUCGUGGCCAACUUCAACAAGGAAGACUUCAAUAUCCGUUCAUGGUACGAUGACGAUCACUAUUAUUCCGACAAUGACCUUAGAAAGGAAGACAAAGAAGGUUCAAAGGGCAUGAAAUUAACUCAAGAACACACGUUGACGUACUAUAUCGUGAGGGGUGCGCGGUUCAGCUUUUAUUUUGCGUGGAAAUUGAGGCAUUCUGAUUUGGAAUUAAAUCAAUGGAUCUAUAGGGCCAUCUCUGCCAGAUUCAUCAUGAGUAACUACCUCGAGGACGACAUCAUAAAGAAGUACAUUCCUGCCUGUGUAUGGUAUCCAAACAUCCCAACGAAGGAAACAUGUUUCAAACUGCUAGAAAUUCUGCCAGACUACAAAUACACAAUAGGCUUUGUUGCUGGAUAUAACAACUGGAAAGAUGUUUUUGUCAAGUGUGAUUUUAAGUGUGUGGAUGCUUUUCUUUGGAAAAUGUUGCUUACACUCAAAAGAGAAGAAAUGCUCAAUAUCUUGAAGGAUAAAGCGGAUGUCAGGUAUUUCAUAAAGAAAGAUGGGAGGGUUAACUUGGAUGCCAAAAUAUGGAGAACUACUCCGGAAAAAAUUGCCCCUUACACAAAGAAAGAUAUUUGUUUCGAACCAUUUGCACCGGAAAGAUUGAUGAGGUACCGCUCGAUUAACGAAGAAUAUUUGGAAUGGAAUACCUAUGGCCAAAGUUAUGAGGGGCCUACGUUAAGGGCAGACGUCACAGGUAUUGGUUAUAUAAAAGGCUUAUACAUGGAAAGAAGAAUUCAUUUGAAUGAGAGAAUGGAAGAGCUCUAUAUGUAG